CUAGGCACCCGCCAUCGCCAUUAUUGCGAUCUUGUUGACCAUUAUUGUGAAAAGGCUCUAACCGGACGUUAACUUAACUCUUUUCAGCACCAGCUUGAUAACAACAAUGCCAACGGGAUCACAUUGAAACAGGUUGACAUAAUGGAGACAGCAGGAGUUUGUCAGAUUGAUGUGGCGACCAGAAGAAUUGUGGGGGGGAGUGAUUUACCACGUGAACAAGACAGCCACUUUCAGGAGGAGGUUGCAGAGUUUGGUUUAGAGUUGUGCUGCAAUGAGGAAGAGAGAGGAGAGACUCCUGGCAGAGAGGGCAGUCUAAGUGACUUGAGGGAGUCAGCGCUUGAUCUUGGAGAACCCAAGUCUUCUGAAGAGGAUGCGUUUGGGAAGGAGGUUUUCCUACUAAUGAUGGCCUUGAAUUCCUUAGCCACACCUGAAGAAAAAUUGGCUGCUUUGUGCAAAAAAUAUGCAGAUCUGUUGGAGGAAAGCCGUCGCAUGCAGAAGCGUCUGAAAGCCCUACAGAAAAAGCAGUCUCAAAUUGUAAAAGAGAAGAUCCACCUGCAGGGGGAGCACAGCAAAGCUAUCCUGGCCCGCAGCAAACUAGAGAGCCUCUGUCGGGAGCUGCAAAGACACAACAAGACUUUGAAGGAGGAGAAUGCCCAGCGUUCCAGGGAGUAUGAGGAGCAGCGCAAGGAAGCCAUGCUUCACUUCCAGAUGACUUUAAGUGAUAUUGAAAUGCAGAUGGAGCAACACAGCUCACACAAUAUUAAGCUGAAGCAGGAGAACAUGGACCUUGCUGAGAAACUUAAAAAGCUCAUUGAGCAGUAUGAGCUCAGAGAGGAGCACAUAGACAAAGUGUUGAAGCACAAAGAUCUACAGCAACAGUUGAUGGACGCUAAGAUGCAGAAAAUCACUGAAAUGAUGAAGGAAGUGGAGGAGAAACAGCAACGAGAAAGAAAUGUUUUGCUGAAAGAUGCCACAGAAUCUAGACGCAAGUGUGAGAUGAUGAAGGAGCAAGAAGUUCAACUCAAACAGCAGCUGUCCCUCUACAUGGACAAGUUUGAGGAGUUUCAGAGCACUCUGGCUAAAAGCAAUGAUGUCUUCACCACUUUCAGACAGGAGAUGGAGAAGAUGACGAAGAAACUUAAGAAACUGGAGAAAGAAACAACACAGUGGCGAACUAAAUGGGAGAGCAACAACCAGACUUUGCUGCGGAUGGCAGAAGAGAAAACUCUGCAAGACGGCCACUUCAAGGCUCUGCAGGGUAAGUUGGAGCUUCUGGAGAGGCUUUGUAGAGCUCUGCAGAAGGAGAGGAAUGACCUCAACAACCAGUUGAGCCUCCUUCAGGAGCAGGGAUGUGAGCCACCAGAUCUACCAGGGAAUGAAGGUGAAGGAGAGGAUGAGAAACUGGCCUGGGAGAAGAGGCUGGAGACACAGGAAAUCAAUAAAACUCAACCCAAUGAGGUGGCCUCCACAGAGUCUCUUGAAAGCACUACUGCUUUGUUGUCAAGCCAGCCUUUUGAAACCAAAGCCAGGCUGCAGGACUGAGACUUCAACUAGACUUCAACUAGUCUGCUGUGUAUGUGUACCUUUUCUAAAUUCUACACUUAGAUCUCCAGUUCUUUAACAAACAAUAUACCAAUAUAUAUUUGUGCGAUAGUGUACAAACCGUGUUUUGAUUGUUUCAUUGACUUUGUCUUUGAAAUCUGUAUAAUCCAUGUUUGCAGUGGUUUUAAUAAUUAUGGUUUGACUGCUUUGUACUUUUUUUUUCUACCGAAGUAUUUUCAUAAGAAAAAAGUUCGCAGAAAUGUUCUUUCUCUUUUCAGAAGUCUUAUUGAUCAUUUAAAAUUAGUUCAGUGAUGGGCAUUUUACCUGUAAUAUGUAAAUAUGAUUGUGAGCUCAAAAACUAAGUGUAAUUUUCCAUCUGUACUAGGCACAACAUAUUUAAUAUGAUUUUCAUACCUUAAUCAAGGUGGGACCAGGUUUCUUUUUAGAAAAUAUUAAAUGGUAUCAAUGUGUUCUUUGUUGUUGGUUGUGAUUAUUCAAAUUAUUGGCAGGAAGGAUACAUUUCUGCUAUUUAGUCAAAUUCAUUAUAUUCUACUGACAGGGAGCAUUUUGCUAAUUGACUUAGCACAAAUUGCCUCUUAGCAAACACUGCCAUUAUGUAUUUUAGUUGUAGUAUUAAAAAUGUGUUCUUAUUCAGUUGUUGAGGUGGUUAUGGAGUGGCCAAGGCUAUCCCAUCUCCUACAAGAACAGCUAGAACUGGCGGUGAUUCAGGCCACGUGCCUGAAUGAAGUUCACCGUUUUCAUGACUGUGGUCAUUAUAUUAUCCAUCCCCAGCACCUUUCCACACAAAGCUUCUUGGUGUAUAAUACAAUGAUAAACUAUCAGAGGCAUGUGACAGUUACUGUUUUUCAUUUUCUCCUUCACUAAUCCAACCAGGCCUGUUUUUUCCUCCACACAUUGCCGGUGCACCGUCUGUAGUUAAUCCCACCAAUUUUUCCCAGGGCAAUCCAGUUUUACUUACUGACUUCUCCACCGCUUCAUAAAUAUCCCAUCCCGUUGUGGUCCCAUGCAUGGCAGCGACAUCCAAGAGCUCUUCGGUGACAGAGAGGUCCGACUUCAAGCCUCUAAUAAAAAUGGAAAGCUG